AAUAGAACUCCCUCCUCACGGGGCCCGCCUCUGCCUCUGCCUCUGCCAUCCACGUCCACCUCCACUCGAUGCGCAUAUCACUCACCUCGCCUGCCUACUGCACACGCGACAAGCCUCUGGUCUGCUACUAGACGGCCGGCUGACGCGCGUCCCAGGACCAGACAGACUCCUCGCGAACUGAAUGCGAGCGAGACAAGACCAGCGGAGCGAGCAAGGUUACUAUAAGCACUACUGAACCGCUACCGCCGACCACUGCCCUGCCAGUUUCCCAGUGUGACAGUGUGCCAGUGUGCCAGUGUGCCAGUGUGUCUGCGUAACCGCCUGUCGACAUGGCAAACGGCGCGAGCGACCACAAUCAAAUGGGCGCGACCUUCGUGCCCGGGGGCAACGACGAUUUCUAUAUGCCUCCCGCCAGCCCGCCGCUGGUGCAGCCCGAACCACAACGAGUCAAUCCGGAAAUGCAGAACCAAAUCAGCGUGGGCUUGCACAACCUCGAACUGGGGCCCCACCUCUCGCCCUUUCCGAAACUCGUCAAUCCGGGCCCGAACGUGCCUCCCUCCGACGAAGAGCUCGAAACGCGGCUCGAGAAUGCCCGAAUGCCAGUCCUCAACUCGAAUGACCCGGAGAUGCAGCUGGCAUGGGCAGCCGAUGUGCUCAUGUAUGCUGUGGUGUGUGAAGAGGAGGCAGACCGAGUGGCGUCCAUGAAGCCGCAUAUCGCGCGGCCGGCGACCCCGAGAAUCGAACACCAGCUCAAGACGGACGCCAUGAACAUUGUGACCUUCUUGGCCGAUCAAUACCACCCCCGAGCCGAGUUCCUGCGAGGCAUGUGGCUGGAACGUGGCCAUUUUGGGCAGAGACAGGACAAGAGGGAAGCCUUUCACAGCUACAACCGCGCCGCAGACAAACACUUUGCGCGCGCUGAUUACAGGAUUGGGAUGAUGCAUGAAUCGUACAACGAUCCCGUCAAGGCAUUGCGGCACUAUCAUAAGGGUGUGGCCGCUGGGGACGCCGCCUCGUGCUACAGAGUAGGUAUGAUGACUCUCCGAGGGCAGCACGGUCAACAGCAAGACUACACGAAAGGGAUUUCACUGAUCAGGCAAUCUGCCGAGUGUGCGGAUGAGAAUGCUCCCCAGGGUGCAUACGUAUACGGCAUGCUGCUUGCAAGACAGUUGCCACAGAUUGAUUUACCGGAUUCCUAUCUACCAUUUGACGAAGCUGCCGCCAAAUUCUACAUCGAGAAGGCAGCAAGCCUGAAGUUUGCCAAAGCACAGGCAAAAAUGGGGUCAGCAUACGAGCUGGGAUCUCUCGGCUGUGAAUUCAAUCCAGCUCUAUCGAUGCACUACAAUGCUUUGGCUUCGAAGCAAGGCGAGCCGGAUGCGGACAUGGCGCUCAGCAAGUGGUUCUUAGUUGGCUCAGAAGGAUUGUUCGCCAAGAAUGAAGAACUGGCAUAUACCUAUGCUGAACGAGCCGCGGCGACUGGACUUCCUACUGCUGAGUUUGCCCUGGGGUACUUUAACGAGAUCGGUAUGUACGUGCCAGUCAACCUGGAGAAGGCCCUGGAGUGGUACGAGAAAGCUGCGAAGCACGGCAAUCAAGAUGCAGGGGGGCGGAUUGAAGGCCUGAAGAGGAAAGAGGUGCUUAACAGACAGGACCACGAAAAGGUCGCACUGAACAGAAUCCGCUCUACGCAUGGAUCCAUGCGUGGGCAGCAGCCAGAAAGCUUGCGGUCCAAGCAGGACUCUGGUCUCGGUGCUGUCACUGAGACCUACCAACCUUACAGCAAUGGUGCUAGAGCAGUACAGUCACCAGGCACGAGCACAACCCCAUACCCGGCUCAUGAUGGGCCACCGAGGACAGAGACUCGAUCGAAGUCUGUAGCCCCGUAUCCUAUGGCGGAUGGGCCUCCUCAAAUCGGCGGUGGCAUGUUUAGUACGUCACAGCCUUCCUUGCUGGCAAACGUCAACGCAGCACUUUACGAUCGACCUAGCUCUGCCUUCCAAAUCAAUCCGGAAAUCCUUCAAGGCUCAGCACCCGGCACUAAGGCAUACCCUGGCGGGCCUCGACCUUAUCCUUCUGGAAAUAUGGCAUCUGCUCAGUCACGUUCCCACACAGCACAGCCACAAGCUUUGGAUCAGCGUCAAUCUUCUGCCCCUGCUGGGUCCAUGAACGGGCAGCCUAUGCAUCCCAACGACCCUCGUGGAAGACCGACAGUAAACACUCGGAUCGCGUCCGGGCCACCGAACCUGCAGUCGCAUCCGAUGAGUCCGACGCCAGCGCCUGGUCAGCUUCAGCACCCGCAAACAGCACCUCAACCAUCCCAGCCGCCUGUAGGCCUUGGGUACCAAGCACCAUAUACCGAGCGACCACAGACAGUUGAUCCUACGUGGCGCGACAAAUCCGAGCCGCGACGAGGAAGGAACGCGCGUCCAGCACAAGAAAGUAGAUAUCGACCUGCCGCUGGAAAUGGCAAGUUACCUACUGCCGGCGGUACGCCCCUGGGACGUGGUGGUGGCAAGACAUCAACACCACCACAAAAUCAGAGUCCUGCGCGACCGGGUAGCGACUCUACCACACCCAAACCUGCUGCCGAAGGUUUGAGUGCACCCAAGCCACCUAAGAAGGGACCUCAGACUUUUGACGAAAUGGGCGUUCCUGCGCAUAAUCAGGACAAGGACUGUGUUGUUAUGUAAUCGGAUACUUCUUUGAUACCAGAAAGACAGGACAGAACUGGAAGUGUAAUACAGCGAGGCGUUUUGUGGAUCUGAAAGGCGCUAAUAUGUCGAAAUUUGCAUGAUGAGGCUAAAAGCAUAGCAUAGUGAGCAUGCCUACCUAUUUGAACCAAUGUGAUAAUGGCUAUGAACGUGACAGAUUUGGUCUCGAUUGAUAUCAGUCAGAAGUGAGGAAUAACCCAGGGGCGAAUUUGAAGACGAAGAAGAUAAAUCAGCUAGACACACAGUCACGAUAGGCGA